AAAAUUCGUGAGAGGAUAUAUUCUGUAUAAGCGAAUUUGUCUUUAAACACCGUUUUUCCAUUUAUUCUCUACUGCUAUCGAUUAUCAUCCUCGGCGUGGGAGGUAUGUCAGCACGUCUUGGAACUCAGCUUUCUUAACACGGCUCCAUGCCAUUCGCAAUGGAAUUUUUGACACUACUCAUUGGUUACCUGCUGAUCUUUUCCUGUAUUACUGUUGUCUGCAUUUGUGGAGAGCACCCCUCCUGUAUCAAUGGACCUCUGGGAUGGAUGAAGAACACCAUAUCCAAGGGUUUGCUCUUCUUCAUCCCCAAAUCAGUUGUAGAUUGGAGUUCAAAAAUUUUUCACUAUGUAUACUUCCAAAGUUAUGUAAUGCAGACCCUGGAGAAAUCACUCAAAACAACCAUGCUCUCUUCAUUUCUAUUUAUGCCUUUGAUGGUGUCCUCUAUAAGAAGAAAACUGUUUGUAAGACUUGCAAUUUUGUUAAACCAGCCCGGUCAAAACAUUGUAGCAUUUGUAAUCGAUGUGUUCAUCGCUUUGACCAUCAUUGUGUCUGGACCAACAACUGCAUUGGAGCCCUAAAUAAUCAUUAUUUCAUUGCUUUCUUGUUGACCCUUAUUAUGAUGUGUCUGAAUGGCUUCUAUAUGGCGCUACGUUCUAUUAUAGCCAUAGCUCACUUCUCAGGAAUGGUUCAUGCCAUGAUAAUGGAAUCUGAUGGGAAAAUGAUUCCAGUUUCACUUUCUGCAUUAGUACAGCAUCUCUUCAUGCAGUUUCCAAGGAUUAUUUUCCUAAUGGCUUCACUGUCUGUUCUCUCUCUCCUGAUUGCUGGCUUUACACUGUAUCAUAUUUAUUUAAUGUUUACUAAUCAAACCAAUAAUGAGCGACACAAACUUGGGACAUUCCAAAUUUCUGAAAACUGUCAUCAAAAUGAUUAUGAUUCUUCAAAAGUAACCAAACUUCCAAAGAAAAAACAGUGUAUAAAUUCAAGACCAUAUGAUAUUGGUAUUUUAAAGAACAUUGCACAAGUCUGCUUUCCAAGAUAUUAUAUUGAUAGACACAAGAAAAUUUUAAAUAAAUUUAAAUGAAAUGGUAA